AAUUACAGUGCUGUAAUGGGCUGCUGGUACCUGAGUAUUCGAGUUCCUAGACAACAUUGAACCAUUCAUUGUCCUUUCCUGGCGGGCGUCUAGUUCCUUUGGCACUCUACUGUAACCAUAAUAUAAACCUAUACACACGGAGGAUACUGGCAUGGUUAGGACGGACAGACAUCAGCGUGCAAGUCUGGUGCAGGAUGUCCGUGAGCUUGCGGCAUACGAAACAGGAAAAGCACGCCCUUGUGCUACUAGCAACCCAGAGCAGGACUUCGUAAGCACAUGCUCCAGCAGACCUCUUUGUGUGACACGGUCGUCGCUGCCGGCCUCAUCGCUACCGGUGGACCACUGGACAAGGAGAUCGACGUCUAACGAGAGCAAAGCGGAGACAAUAGCUCCACAGGCCAAGCUUGAUGCCGCCCAAACGUCAAGUCAGGGGAAGGUUAUCACCGCUGUGGCCAGGGUUCAGAUAGCAGACGCCGCCCACGCCACUCUUGGCGCUCGGCCCCGGCGGCUGAAUCGUCUGUACCUUCAGCCCCGAGGUCAAUGCCCCCCAGCAGCAGCAGCUUCAUGUGCCAGCAGCAACAUCCCUAGCAGACCUGACAAAGGGUAUACUAACAGUGCUGCAGCCGCUGCUGAUGGGCACUCGGCCAGCAGCAAUGCAUUGGAGAGCGCUAACGUCAACUCUGUCCUGGACCACUGCCACAACAGAAGUGGCCUCCACAGCAGCAGCAGUGCACCGCUCUGCAGGCGGCUGAUGCCGGUCAACCUUCACAUCUCUAACCUCCACAGGCUCCGCAGCACCACCACUGUUAACAACACGACCACCACUGCCACCAGCAGCAGCUGCUACUGCUACAGUGGCAGCUGCUCCCACAGCAGUGGUGAUGGCUGCGCAAAUAAUGACUGUGCAUCUAGCAGUCCGGGAAUCACAACUAGUGCCCUCGCGACCGUAACGGAUACCAACAAUAAAGCACGCUCCUGCAGUGGCUACCCGCUUGCCACAGACACUGCUCCAGGCAUGUACAGUGAGGGAGCCACCAGCACCAUGGAAGCAAUAGCCUUACCUCUUGGCACCCCUGCGAUGGAUGCUGCUGGUUGUGGGGAGGUCCCCUACAGUGGUGGAUGCAAGGACCGAUACUGCCUCUGCACCUCCAGUAGCGGUGCAGGUAAUGAUGGCAGUGAGUGUUCUGUGUCAAUAGCAGCGGAGGAGGAACCUCAGGUGCUGCUAGCACCCGAAAUGCAUUCAGGUCUGUCAGCGGGACUUCGCCCCCUGAACCCCCUGGUCUGUGAACCAGGGGAGAGUCAGUGGCUAGCUGGCGAUGCAGCAGAUGGUGGCUGUAAAGGCAGCCUGGAGCUUAGCUGUGGACAUCAGUGUCCUGAGGCCAGCAGCAGCGGAAGCAGCAAAGAGGGCAAUGCAAGUGGUGAUAGUGUGACAUGUGGUGCGGGUGCUGCGGAUACUGCAGGCCCCUCCCCUGUGCUGCCCUUAAUGCAGCCUGAUGCACAGGCUCAGCUGGACAUGGCAGCACCACAAGGUGUGAUGCAACGACCACCAUCAGCUUCAGCGUCGUCUUGCCGUGUAAGCAUGAAGCUGCACUCGAGCCAUGUGGAGGACAUCAGGCCGGGGACAUUACUGUCACUGACACGGCUAUUGGUGCCGUACAACUGGGUGCUGACUGGAUUUGCCGUACGGUCCGGCUGCAUUGAGCUUGUGCUGGACUACACCCACAUUGAUGGCUUGGAGAAAGAUGAAGACAUGGGCCCUGCUGGUGCUGCAGCACCAGCGGUAGGGACCAUGGCAACAUCAUCAAUCCCGCCAGCAGUGGACAAUUCCAACCUCGCCAAUGAUGCCAUAGAAGGCAGCAGCAGUUGCAUGGCAGCAGCAGCCAGGCCUCCCAAUCAGGCACUUGUGCAGUUGCUGUCGUACCUUGAGCAUGAGGGCCUGGUCAACCCCGCACUGGAGCCACGAGUAGCUGCACAGGUGGACCACCAGGUGCAGGUCCUGGAGUGGCAGCAGGACCAGGAACCACAGCUGCAAGAGCAGCACGGUGUGCACCUGCAGCAGACGGGUGCCUGGCAGUGCCGCAAUUCGGCUGGACUUCUGCAUGAACAGGAUGGCUCCUCUGACAUAGGGCCUUCGGCAGCAGCAGCAGCAGCUGUGACCGGCCUGGCGCCGGUGGUUGAGCCAGUUUGCAUUGUACUGGGGCCACACGGCACUACAGUCAGCACAUGUGGGGGCUCCUGCUGGAGCAGCUCCCCAACUUGCAGCACUAGCAUUCAGGAGCAAGAAGUGCUUCUAUGUGCUGGUGUGACGUGCGCUGGUGCCGCAGGCUGCUCGGUCCGCUGCAUGGGACGCUUCCUCCCUGUCACAGAGCGCCAGCGCUUGCCUGCUAAGCAGCUGCUUCAGUGUGGUGACAGCAGUGGCGGCCUGAAUGGUGCUGCUGAGGCUGCGGCAGUUGCCGCAGCCACUGCUGUUGGUGUGAACGGAGAGGUGUUUGUCCUGGGCAUUCCUAGUGAGCAGCUGCCGCGCCUGAGCGCUGUUCUACAGGUGGAGGUACAGUGGCGUGCACCCGUUGAUACAACCCCAGGCAUGCCGUACACUACGGGCAUCACCACGGAUCCUACCACUUCCACAACAAGCGAGGAGCAGCAGAGCUUUGAAGGGCUGCAGCCCGCUGCUGAUGUGGGAGGGCAGUACUUGUCAGCAGCUGCUCCUGUGCUGCUGCUCCGUGCCUGCAGCUCCUGUGCAGCAGCCCCGAAAGCAAGCAGCACUGGUGGUGGCAAUGAUUGCGCUGAUAACAGCUGUGGCAAUGGAGGAGUGUUUGUAGGACUGGGUGCAGCAGUAUCCACUGGAUGCCUCCACUGUGGCGGUGUCUGGACGCACCACAACCUUCAGGGAGUUGCACGGGAGCUGGCAGGCCUUCAGGCAAGCAUCGCGGCUAACAUGGUGACGGCAGCAGGAGUAUCCACAGUGGAUGGUUCCCCGGCUGUGGGAGAGUUCCACCAGGCAGGCCCCACAACAACUGCUGAGGCCACCGCUGCUGCUUGUGAUGCUGCAAUGGAGUUCCUCUUCGACUUGGGGUCCCUAGUUGACACCUAUCCUUGCAUCAUGGGCGUGGAAUUGGAUGCCCAUGGCAGCAAGGAGCUGACGGAAGGGCACGUCGGCAGCCCCAGCGGUGUCACAUCUCAGCAUGGCCCUCCGGCCUGCCAAUCCUUCACUGGGGAAGUUCGUGCUGUGCUGUUGGAGCAGCUGGGCCUGGUAAACAGUGAUGCAAACAGCAGCAAGGGAUGCCAAACCAGUAGCGACUACCUCAGCAAUGCUGGGGUCCGUGAAGCCGCCUCCUCAGCAGAUAAACUGAACUUUUCAAGCAGCACGGCAAUGGCCUUCAGGCGGCAUUUAGCUGACACCGCUGUCACGCUGCUUGCCGGUUGUGGUGGGCUGUCCUUGCCAUUCACAGCCCGGCUUGUAAUGCACAUGGUGUCGGCAGCCCCUUCACGGCUGCAGUUAGGCGAGGUAUCAGUACUGGUCCAAGCUGCUGCAGAGGGUGAUCCACUCCUGGAGGCUCGCUUGACACACAUGCUGCAGCAGCAGCACCAGCACCAGCCAGCAUUGCACGCUCUCCCUCCUGUGCAAGGACAAGCAUCCCAGUCGCCACAUGAAGGAGGAGCCAUGCCGCCAUUCCAAUCAUCACGGGUGCUGCUACAGGGGCACACGCCCCAGCAGCUGCAUCCGGAGGAAUAUGAAAGCAGUGGCUGCGCGGCAGUUACGUCUGCCAGCGGCAAAGAGUGUGUGGGGGGCUGUGCUGGCAGCUGGCUGACCACAGGCGCUGUCGAUCCCUCACCAGUGGCUGGUGGAGUAGCAACCCACAAGGUGCAGCAGGCCUCCUCGGUAGCCACCAGGAGGACUUCCACCCAUGCCGUGUGCGGAGGAGGUACUGUCUACAGGCGGGAGUUGCUGCGGGAGCUGUGUGGUCAGGUGGUCAUUUGCUUUACGGGCUAUGCCUCGCCCGCAAUGGAGCGAGCAUUUUGGGUGGACACGGCGGCCCGGAUGCAGGCCACGUACCGGCUAUAUGCACUGAUGACAUUGGCCUUCGUGUCCCUGUCCGCUCUUCGGUCUUACCUGGAGGAUGGAACAGCGGCAGCCUUGUUCAUGGUGUUGUACCAGGGCGGCCAAGCAGCACUGCUAGCAAUGUUUGGGUUGUGGGGUGACGGCCGCCCCAGUCGCCUGUUUGCAGCGGUGGUGAGCGCCUGGUUGCUGCGGGUGGCCUGUCACCUGGCGCUGGUGCGGGGCCUGGCGCCGCUGCCCUCCUUCGUGCUUCCCGUGUGCCGGGCCUGGGUGGACGUGUUCAACGAGGGAGGUGCCAAGUCGGUGUUUGAGCAGCUGCCCACGUGGUUGUUCGUGCUGCUGAUGGGUCUGGAGCUGCCCACCGGCUACAUCUUUUAUGAGUUCCUCGAUGGGCGAGCCCAGGGGCAGAGCGGGCUGCUCACACGCAACGUGCCGGCGCGUCUGGCGGUGUUCGCCAGCCUCAAGGUGGGUGUCACCCUGGGCAUGCAGGCGGUGCGGAGGCGGCGCUUCCAGGCUCGGCUUGCCGCGAGCAAGGCGGAGUAGAGGAGCGGCUGCGGCUGCUGCCGCUGCUGCGGCUCCUGGCAGAUUUGCGGAUGAUGAGCUCGUCAAUGAUGGCUUUUGUCGUGGCGUCAAGGCGGUGAGGCAGGAGGUGUUGUCUCCGGCAGGUGUGGAUCGGUCCGGGGUGUGGGUGUGGGGUAGAGGGGCAGCUAAUGGGUGAGUGAUGAUGCCAGGGGAUGGAUUAUGGUAGGCAAGGAGGUGAGGACGUUGUGUGCUGCCAGACACGUGGUUUGGCGCGGUAGGAGCCGAGAGUGUCAUUGUACUGCGCAUGUUGGGUUAAGGUGAAAAGAGGCACUGAAAGAACGAGCGGUUAUGUGAUGAAUUGUGUUGGUCCCUGGGUUUUAUUGAUACAUUCGCCCUUUUCCGGUGAGGCUUGUCGCAUGCACAAAGUAAUGGCUGUGAAUACGUGAGCCUUGUUGGGGAUUAGGUAAACUGGGCCGCGAGGAACCACUGACCUUGUUGGGGGGUGUGCAGCACAACGGUGCAGAGGUUUUCCUCAAGAGUUGCGGCUGUUUGCAAAGGGAGCGCACAUUACAUGGAUUGGUAAGGACAGGACUAAGCCGCAAGGCAGCAUGCAUUGACCGAAUCUUGACGGCUGUGUCCGGCUGGAUUUAUCAAGUCUGCGUCCAAGUAGCAUGAUGGCCUUAUGAUGCCGAGCGAGGUGCAUGCGUUUUCGAAGUCGAAGGAUUAGACGGGUGUAGUUAAUUUUGUCAAUGCCACGUGGGCAAUGCAAAGAAGGAGGCGUGCACAGCACUAAGGUCGCACGGUACUUGCUGUGGCUUGUGUCAAGGCGGGGUUGUGCAGGGGUGAGCGAGGGCGCAGGGUGGUAUGCAAGGAUUGACGGGAAUUAUGAGAUUGUGGUUAUGUUGUGAAGGGUCAGUACCGGUACCCUAAGCUAUCCUGAAGAACCAAAGUGCACUAGCGGCUCGCGUGUUUCUUUAAGCUACCGAGAGCAAAGUAAAUAUGGUCCUGUCAACGAGCUUCAUUUGAGCGGGCGCGUUUUAAUGUUGGCUAGAGAAGAGUAGUUCUAAUGACGCAGUUCUAAUGACACCGUACGCUGUGCCUCGAAUGGAGUCCUGCUAAGAGCUCCAAAUGGGCUACCAUGUUGGUCCAUGCUGGUUAUACCGGUAGCAAGUGACUUGGUCUGCGCAUAUGGAGCCAGGGUCAUAUGGUCGGAUAUGGAUCCAGGGUCAUAUGGAGCCAGUAUUGUGUGUGGUUUGCGGUUCCUGGUUGGGGUAGGGACCACACGAAAGGCGGACCCAAGGUGUUUUCUGGCCGGCAGAAACUGACGACUGCGGCUAUGUGGUCUGUCUGCUAGGCCCACCGUUGCCUUCCUACAAGGCCGGAUAUACUGUAUAAGUCAUUACAUGUAGAGAUGCGGAAUUUAGUACUAAAAUCGUUAUGAAAGCAGGACGUGGGAAUGCCGCGUGGAGUUGGCACAUGGAUUUUCAUGGUUGUAUGAAGUUAACGGCGGGGGUAAGCGGGGAGAGGCUAUUUGUCACCUCGUCCACCUGGCUUUCUUUAGCCCGUUAGGAGGAAUAGUUAGGUGUCUCGUUGUCUGGUACACCUGUUCGCUGCACCGCAGGUGUCCCCUGCUAUGUUGUUCAUUAGCCCGUUAGGAGGAAUAGCGUCAUUGUACGGCAGAGCUCAUAAGCAUUUGACGCGGCCCGAGCGCCUGGCAAUGAAAAUGCGGGUGCAUUAGGUACGGAACGUGAUCACCUGUGGUAAGCACAAAAUCGCUGCACCGAAGGACGCUGGAAGACGGAGGGACCACGCUAGCUCGCGUUAGUGUACGUCAGAGCUCGUAAACUUUUAACACGGCCAAGGCGCCUGGCAUGGAAUGUGCGGGUGCAAUAGGCACGGAAGCUGAUCAUCGAUGUUCAGGGCGAAACCGCAGCGCGGAAGGAUGCAGGAAGACGGAGAGACCGUACUAACUGCAGAUUGGACGGAGGAAUACGGAGGGACCGCAAUUGUGGGAGACGCCGCUGUGUUGUGAACGGGCCGCAGCGGCAAAAAACACAUGAAGAAAACGGCGGUGAAGAACAUAAUCUAAUUGUGCGUAGGAAAAUAGGCGACGCCACAAGUGCAAAGCGGUUAUACAACCAACUGUAGCCUCAGGCCCCUGACCUCUUUCCCAACAUCUGCUUACCAGAUCCCUAAACGGUACCUGUUCAUUUCUUAGCAAUCCAUACUGGGCUAAAGCAAGAGAAGGCAGUGCUAGGUGUGCGGCACAUAGUAACGG